AUGACAGUUUCACCAUUACCUUCAACUUCUAAUCAUAUGAUUGAAGAGGAUGAAGACUUAAUUUGCGGAAAGCAAGGUAAAAUUGGGGAUAUAGAGCAAAACUGUAAAGAUAAAGUGGGCACAGAGGAUAUUGAAUCACCACUUACAAAUAAUACUGAUACAGAUCAAAUUACUUCUGAGAAAUCUAGCUUUUAUUGUGGAACACCUGUUUCAUAUAAAAGCUUUUCUGAAUUCACAAAUGUAAAGUGCUCACCAAAUUCUAAUACCACAUCAAAAGUAUUUUUAGAAAAAAAAAAUCCGAAGAAAAUUUUUGAACUUAUAGAUGGUGCACUUAAUGGUUUAUUAAAAAAUAUAACACCAAGUUCACUUAAAAAGAUAGAGAAGUCAAUACUUCUUCAAUGUGCUGAAUAUCUAGUAAAGGCAACAUUUGGUGUGUCUGCAAGAAUAUUUACAACAGGUUCUGCUGCAGUAGAUAUUGAUUCAGAAAUGAGUGAUAUAGAUAUUGUAGUCUUUGCUCCAUUUGAUCCACGAACAGCUCUAUAUAAGAUGUCAGCACAAUUCCAAUUAUUAAGAAGAAAACAUGAUGAUAGAUGUAUAUGUUGUAAUUCAUCAGAUUUACAUACAAAUUGUAGAUCAUCUUGGUACUUAGAAAACUAUUUGAUGGGUAUGGAAAUAAAUGUAAUUGAUACAGCUAAAGUUCCUGUAAUGAUUAUUAGAAGUAAAUCACCUGGUUUUAAGACAGAAUGUGAUAUUUCAAUAAAUAUUUAUACUUCUCUAUUACACUCUGUACUAUUUCAAUGUGUACUAAUAUCAUAUCCUGAAUUACGACCUGUAUUAAGAUUAAUUAAAUAUUGGCUAUAUAUAAGAAAAUUACCAGUAGCACGUGAUGGUGGGAUGCCCUGUAUUGUUUGGUUAUUAUUAGCUUUUGUACAUUGUAAUAUCAAUAAUAACCCAGUUAGAUCACAACAGCAGGAUAUGGAGAACAUAUGGAGACCUGCAAAACAACUACUUUUAAAUUUACAUUUAAAUUCUUCACAGAAGAGUUUAGUUAAUACUGAUAUAGAUUCACAAUAUAUAACUUUGUUUGAGAACGAUAAAAAAGAUGGUUAUUCAUCGAAUACACCGAAUCUUUGCAAUUUAAUAAAUAAUAUAAAUGAAGUAAAAGAUAUUAGCCCUAAUUUAUUAAUUACAAAAGAAGAUAAUGACUAUAAAACAAAAAGUAUAGGAGGUACGACCUUUAUGGCUCUAGUAUCUUUUUUUAUGUCAUUAUGGCACAGGAAUUCAUUAUCAUGUAGUGUGUCUGUAAUAAGCAGAAACAUACAACCAAAAGAUCAAAGGAUGACAUCACAAGUAAUAUAUAAUAAUGGUGGUAUUUGGGAUGAAGUACUGACUUUAAAUGAUCCAUCAGCAUCUCUUCUAAAGCAAUUAGAAGGACAGAAGUCAAUAUUAAAUGGAAUAAAAGAUAAUGAAUCCACUCAAUACAAUUUGAAUAAUAUAGAAGACAAACAUAAAAAAAUAAAAUAUGUGAGUAAAUUAGAAAUAGGGGAUAUUUAUGAAUGGUUAUUACCGCAUAAUGAUUAUUUGACAUCAUCCGAUUUGGCAGCACGUGUAACUUGCGGAACAUGGUUGGUGUACUUAUAUGAAUUAAGACGUGGAUUUACUAUUUUGGAAACUUACCUACAAAAAAUUACAAUUGCUUUAAAUGAUUUCGAUGCAAAUGAUGUAGUUGAAAAUUUAUUUAUGCCUAUAGAUGAGGAAGUAUAUAAAAUACCAGCAAAACUUUCAAAAUCAGUGCCAAAUUGCGUGUAUAGUUCAAUAGAUCUCGAUUUUUUAUUUGAAAAUGAGUUAUUAACGUUAAUACAAGUUCCAUAUCUUUCUUGUAAUCACAAAUUUUGCUUAGUUUUAUUAUAUGGACAUGUAGUUAUAUUAAGAAUUGAGAAAAUAUGUGUAGAUUGGGAAGGAGGUUGGUGGAGUAACGAAUUUUUGAGUAGAAGAGAUACUAGAUCAGUUUUACAUGGCUCAAUAUUUUAUCCUAUUCCAAUAUCUUUUAGUAGUUAUAGAAAUUCAAAUUCUGAACAUUGUAUUUUGCAACCAAUUGACUCAAGAAUCUUGUAUAGUAAUAUAAGAGACAGUGCCAAAAUUUCAAAUAUUGGAGAAGUAAUGGUAAAUCCAGCUGUUUUUAUUACUAUUUUGAAUGGUAUUGAGUGGUAUUCUAUUGAUGAAUACAAUGGUUUUUAUAUUAUUCCUAUAAAGGAAUAUUAUAGAUUUCUUGAUAUUGAGAUUAUUGCUAAAGAUUCACCAUACUGGCAUGAAAAUUUCAAUGGUAAUAGUAGUUCAAUACAACCCCUGGUGAUAUCAUGUAAAUUCUGCAGAAAAACAUGCAAGUCUAGUGGAUUAGAAAAUUUACUUGGAUUAAAAGAUUUUUAUUGGGACUCUAAACAGAGCAAAUUUGGGAAUAAGUGA